AUUGCUAAUCAUUGCAAGAGAAGCUUCCGCCCGGAAAAGAAUAUAGAUACCCACUGCAGCCAACGCAAACUCAUUCACAACUGCGUACACAUACGCAGCACCAACAUAAUAACGAGGAGCAUCUAUGGUCAUGCAGAUUGGCCGUGGCAGUACUAUGCAUAGUAAUGAGGAUGCGCAAUGACAGCCAUGGAGACUAUAACAGCACACUGCUUACCACCCUGGCCAUUACUACAAAGCUGGUACUACCUACCCCAGCCAAGCCCCUUAUACCGGUCCAGACUGGAGUGCAGGCACAACAGGAGGAACAAUCGAGUGGCAUGUCCAUCUUCUUUAGUCUUUUGGUCUUGGCUAUUUGCAUUGUAUUGGUGCAUCUACUCAUCAAGUACAGACUCCAUUUCCUGCCAGAGAGUGUGGCUGUGGUGUCAUUAGGUAUCUUAAUGGGAGCUGUGAUAAAGGUCAUAGAGUCUCAGAAGCUGGCAAACUGGAAGGAAGAGGAGAUGUUUCGACCGAAUAUGUUCUUUCUGCUGUUACUGCCACCAAUCAUCUUUGAGUCUGGAUAUUCCCUACAUAAGGGAAACUUCUUCCAGAACAUCGGUUCAAUUACUCUUUUUGCUGUGUUUGGCACAGCAAUAUCGGCCUUUAUCGUUGGCGGUGGGAUUUUCUUCCUGGGACAGGCUGAUGUUAUUUACAAGCUGAGUAUGACGGAAAGCUUUGCCUUUGGGUCAUUGAUAUCUGCAGUAGAUCCUGUUGCCACUAUCGCCAUUUUUAAUGCGCUGAAUGUGGAUCCUGUGCUCAACAUGUUGGUGUUUGGAGAGAGUAUCCUGAAUGACGCAGUCUCUAUUGUCCUCACCAAUACUGCAGAAGGACUGACACGAGGGGACAUGUCGGAUGUGAGCGGCUGGCAAACUUUCCUCCAUGCCUUGGCAUACUUCCUGAAGAUGUUCUUUGGUUCGGCAGCUCUUGGAACUCUGACUGGUCUAAUUUCUGCAUUAGCUUUGAAGCAUCUUGACCUCCGAAAGACACCUUCCUUGGAGUUUGGCAUGAUGAUUAUUUUUGCGUAUUUGCCAUAUGGCUUGUCUGAGGGUAUUUCACUUUCAGGUAUCAUGGCAAUCCUGUUCUCUGGAAUCGUCAUGUCUCACUAUACUCACCACAACCUGUCCCCGGUGACUCAGAUCCUCAUGCAGCAGACUCUGAGGACAGUGGCCUUCCUGUGUGAAACGUGUGUCUUUGCUUUCCUUGGUCUCUCCAUAUUCAGUUUUCCUCACAAGUUUGAAAUCUCCUUUGUGAUCUGGUGCAUUGUGCUGGUGCUGUUGGGUAGAGCAGUUAAUAUAUUUCCUCUCUCUUAUCUGAUCAACUUCUUUCGGGAUCACAAAAUCAACCCAAAAAUGAUGUUUAUUAUGUGGUUUAGUGGCUUACGAGGAGCCAUUCCUUAUGCAUUGAGCCUUCACUUGGAGCUGGAACCUAUUGAGAAGCGUCAGCUUAUCGGUACCACCACUAUUAUCAUAGUGCUGUUCACAAUCCUCCUCAUGGGAGGGGGCACCAUGCCACUUAUUAGGCUGAUUGACAUUGAGGACUCCAAGGCUCGCAGAAAGAGCAAGAAAGACGUGAAUCUCAGCAAGACAGAGAAAAUGGGGAAUACAAUAGAAUCUGAACACUUGUCAGAGCUGACAGAGGAAGAGUAUGAAGCUCAUUACAUCAAGCAGCACAACCUGAAAGGAUUCAUGUGGUUGGACGCCAAAUACUUGAACCCGUUCUUCACACGGAGGCUGACACAAGAGGAUCUUCACCAUGGGCGCAUUCAGAUGAAAAGCCUGACCAACAAGUGGUAUGAAGAGGUCCGCCAGGGGCCGUCAGGGUCUGAAGAUGAAGACGAGCAGGAACUCUUGUAGUAAAGGUUAUGUUAGAGCGUGAUCCUUCAUUUACCAGCAUGAUCUUUGCACAGACAGAGCUGCAGCCUAGAAAACGGCUUCCAUUCACGUUCACAGGUGUCAUCAUCAUUCGCUGCAUAUUGGAACCUGGAUGUACGGACUACAAAGCAAUACAACCAGUCCUCAUUUGUGUUCAGUGAUUCAUUCAAAAAUGUCUACCUCUUGACUGGACCUAGAACAUACUCUUUUAUGUGCAUAUACCAAUUCCCAAAACAUCAAUGAAUAUCAUUUUACUGGGAUAUGUAUUUAAAUAAAAUAUAGUAAACUUUUAAAUAUAUUUAAAUUGAAGAAACUCUAAAUUAUAUUUGAUGUUUUAAUGCUGCUACUCUCCCCCUCAGUGAUGUCAUUGGCAUUGGGCUCAAGUGAAUGUCUUGAGGCUUCUUCUUUGUGAUUUGCUAACUUUCCUGGCACUAAGGUCUCACCCUGGGGAUGGGCUCCUGCCGCUGUGAUUGCCACUUCCACCUAUUGUUAGAGGGGCUUCUAUUACUGAAGAUUGCGUUCCUCCACAUGGUGACUGGCUCCUUUUCCUCAGCAUUGGCCUCCUCCUAAAUGUUUGACUCUCUACUCUGGUAAUAAGCUCCUCUUUUGUGAUUGGCUCCUCAUCCUGUUGCUAGGUUUCUCCAGCUCAUGUUGGGAAUAUCUUCUUGAGUGCUUGGCUGCUGUCAAUCAGUAGAGAAUGGCGGUUGAUACAGAAGGUGGUAUACUCUAUGGGAGUGUGAUACAGUUCCAGUGAAGUCAUAGUUACUUCUUCAUUCUUCAUGACAUCUGCUGUCAUUGAUUGUAUAAUCCUAUUAGCUGAUGGGCAUUCAUUAGGUAAAUCACAUAAGGGCCAGACUAUCCAGUUUUAUUAACUUUGUAGUGACCUAGACUGUUAGACCAAUAUUAGAUGUACAUACAAUAUUAGAUGUAAAACUCAUCUUUUCAUUCCAGUGAUUUAUACUGUGUAAUAGUUGAGUCUUUGGGCCUAUUUAACUCCUAUGUCAACCAGCUGAUCUACAGUGUAGUGCAAUUACUCAGGUAUACAGUAUAUGAUUAUCACAUAUAUGACCUGUAUUAUGACAUGACAAAGCACUGCAGAGUGUCGGCUGUGCAAAUCAUUACGUAUUCACAAUAAUUAUUUGAAUUAGACAUGUCACACAGUAAAAAUGCUGGUCACGAUGGCAAUGGAGUUGAAGCAGGUGAAGCCACCAUUGUCCCACGUACCCUUGUGACGCAUAUCUGACGUGAUAGUGCCACCCACUUGAUGAUGUCGACAUGAUGAAGGUGAAGGGCAAUGUUUUCUCUCAUUCAAGCCCAGGAGGAUCAAGUGCCUUCUACUUAAUAAUAUGUGAUGGUUCUGUCACUUGCCCAAUGCAGUAAGGUUCUUUUACAAAUGUGGAAAAUUGCGGAGAAGCAUUGGAUUUUAUUUUGUACAUUUGAAGUUUCUCUAGACAAACAUGCAGGUAGAAACAUCAUUGGUCACUGAUUUCAUGCGUCCCCAUUGAAUGAAAAUCUCAUCACAACAUUCUCCAUCUAUUGAAAUUCACUAGAAUACAUAUGAUCCCACAAAUAAGACCUUGUUUCUGUAUCUGAAUGCAGAAUGAGGCACAUUGUGCACUGCACUCUCCAAUCCACCUGUACAUGGAUAGCUUUUCCCACCAGCCGGCGCUACGUAUUAUUCCCUCCACAAUAAAUGGCAUCUUAACACUUUGAUCUGCUGGUAAAACUAGGUUCAAAUGCCCACCUGCUUUUUGCUUGCACCGCCUCAGUUUUUCACAUUCAUUAAUUACCCUUAGUGUGCCAUUUUCAAAGUAAUGACUUUUCAUGCGCAAGAGGUUAUUACGCUUACUGUAUAAAAUGCCCAGUCUCUGUGCCAAGCCAGAGGAGAAAUCACAGGCUGAACUAUGAUUCGUCCAUAUCUUCCAUGACUGCCAUAUUGUCUGGCCAGUCACCAGGGCCGCUGUAUACCGUGCAUUAUUUUAUUAUAAGGGGGCUAUUUUACAUCAGAAAUACUACUGUAUGACUUGCUUACAGUUACAUACAUUUUCUUCAUUGUCUAGGGAAGAAAAUAAAUCAUUAUUUGGUGCUAUGCAGCACUUUGUUUUGUACAUGUAGAUUAUGCGUUUUGACUUUAUACUAAGGAUGGACAUUUGGUGUUUGCCGAUGUUUAUUUUUCAAUUUUAUGUUGAUAAAAUGUAGAACGUUUGCUGGUCACUCAGCAGUUUCAUCAUUUGUUUAAUGACAAAUGAUGUAAGCAAACCGGAAUGUGAAUUUUUUUGUUGUAUUGGGAUGUGGUGGUCCGCCGGAUUCGGAGCAAUCCUGUAAUAAUGUUAUUUUUUCCUGUAUUAAUAAAUGUGAAUUUGAUUCAUAA